CGUCAAGGUUUAUAGAUAAUUUAUACAUUAUCUAUAAACCUUGCCUAAUCGUAACGGCUUUAUAAUCAAAGACCGCGAUUACAGGGGCUCCACGUAUUCACUAGUCGGUCGUCUUUUGUUUUAGUCGUAGUUUAGGUUAUGAAGAUUAAUAUUAAUAUUUGUUUACCCUGUGUGCUCGUCUAGCUACGAUAAUAAACAGGCGCUUUUCAAUCAUUCAUUUUUAAUAGUACAAAAUUAUUUAAUAAUAUAAUAUUAUUUAAUAAGGUAUCAUCAGAUUUGUGACCGUGAAAUCAGAAAGUUGUGUUUUUCUUGGUUUCAUUCAUGUGCUUUGUACAGUACCUACUCGGCGAGAUUGCAGUAGACACAUUAGAUGACCGGAUUAACCCCCAUGAGAAAACUUACACCUCAAGACACAAUCAUCGGUCUAUGGGAGACCGGAACACAGGUGUCGUAUACAUUCCAAGACUGAGUGAUCAAGGCUACCCACGUCUGUUGUUCGUGUUUUCUUUUCUGAGUACACAAUUCAGAUAACUGUCUACUGAUACAUUUUAAUAAUGCAUAAGUGUAUAGUGUGUGGCAAUAGAUCUAAUUAUACCCGGUUCAGUCGUACGAGGGUUAUUUAUCAUGGAAUUCCCAAGGAUGCAUACAUAAGAAGAAAAUGGCUUAACGUUUUUGGAAUUGAUCGUUGUUAUGAUUGGCAACGUGUAUGUAGUGAUCAUUUUUUAGAAGAAAACUAUAAGCCAGGAAUAAAGCGAUUUUUACUUUCAAAUGCUAUUCCCCAACCUUAUGAUCGAAAUGCUUUUCUUUCUAAAGUGGAAAAUAUUGAAAAUGCUGUUGUAAAUAAUUUUAAAUCAUCAAGACAGCCAACUAAAUGUCUUACUAGAAACAAUGAGGAUAUGAGUAAUAAAAAUAUGCCGGUCCGUUCUUUAAGACCUGGAUUACUAUGUUCCAUUAAAAAUUGCUUUAACAGGCUUUCAAAAACUGUCAGUCUCUUUGGCUAUCCUAAGGAUUUGACACUGAGAAAAAAGUGGAUGGAAAAAUGCGGGUUAAUAAAAGAUCCUGCUAAAAUAGUAAUAAGUAGUACAAGAGUUUGUAGAAUUCAUUUUGAACUUGAUUGUUUUAAGAAUACUGAAUCAAAGAACAGAUUAAACCCACGCGCUGUUCCAUCAUUAUUUUUAGAUAAUGCUUUGCCUAUGUCAAUUAAAGAGGUGCCUGUAUUGAGUACAUGUGAAAAUCAAUUUAUAAGCCCAAUAGAAAAUGAAGCUGCUGAACAGUCACUGUCAGAAAAAAAUAAUUUAAAAGCUUUGCCUAUGUCAAUCAAUGAGGUGCCUGUAUUGAGUACAUGUGAAGAUCAAUUCGUAAGCCCAAUAGAAAAUGAAGCUGCUGAACAGUCAUUGUCAGAUAAAAAUAAUUUAAAAGAUAAUACAGAUAAUACCUCCAUGAUAAUUGACCUUACAAUUGAUGAUUCGUCUAAUAGUCUGUGGUCCAAUACUUUGAAACCAAUUGAAAAAAGAAAAAACUGCAAUGCUGAAGAUUUUUCAAGGGAUGAAGACGGAAUUAUUUUUAAAUUGUCUAAGGAAGUUGUACUUCCUAGUGUAUAUUGGAAGAGUGAACAUCUUAAUUCACAAAAUGCAACAAAGUUUUAUGAACAAGACACUAAUGAUGAAAUUGUCAAGAUAGUCUAUUUUGAUAAUAACCUUGUGCCAUCUAUAGAAAUAUAUGGCAAGAAAUAUGAAUAUACAACCCUUAUAAAAACAGAGAAAGAGAUAUUUUGA